AUGAGGAGAAAGACAUUUCUGAAUAGUGUGGAGGGGAGAGGUGAGAAGGAGGGGGUGGAGGGGGGUGGAGGAGGAGAUUCAUUGGAGUCAUCUGCCAAUGAUGAGGUGUCCGGGGAACAGCAGUGGAAUCAAUUUCCUUGGAUCAAGGAUCCCCGCCGAAGCGAAGUUGCCAAUAAUCUUGAGGCGGGUCUUAGCGGGAUGAAGCGUGAGCAAUCUGCGUAG